AUGGACGCACGGAUGAGGCUGAUAAUCCAGGCAGCAACACUGAUUAGUGUGAUUCAGGCAUGGGUCAUGUUCAUGCACCAGAGAGCUAUUCGUCGUGCUGGGAGACCGUUGAUCCGCUAUGGUCCAUUGUUUCCCCGGGAACAGGAGAGGAUCCAAAAUCUGAACUACAUCUACAACUGCAAUGACGUCGAGGCUCUGUGGAUGCUUAGAAUGAAAAGAGCACCAUUUUCCAGGCUUGUCGAGACCUUCAGGAGCAGGGGCCUGUUACAAGAUAGCAUCAACACCAGUGUCGAAGAGCAAGUGGCCAUGUUCCUCCAUGUUGUUGUCCAUAACCAGAGGUUCAGGGUCAUUCACAACACGUUCAGGAGAUCAAUGGAGACCAUCUCUAGGUACUUCAAGCAAGUGCUUUUUGUUGUUGGGGAGCUUAGAGGAGAGAUGACUAGGAGACCAUCUGGCCAGACUCCACCCAAGAUUCACAGAAGCCCAAGAUGGUAUCCAUACUUCAAGGACUGCAUUGGGGCGAUAGAUGGUACUCAUGUCACUGCCAGAGUUCCUAGGUCACAGUCUGCAGCAUACAGGGGGAGGAAGCACUACACAAGCCAAAAUGUGCUUGUUGCUGUUGACUUUGAUCUGAAGUUCACAUAUGUGUUGGCUGGCUGGGAGGGGUCAGCGCAUGAUGCAAACAUUCUCACUGACAGCAUGAGUCGACCUGAUGGGAUCAACAUCCCCGACGGCAAGUUCUACCUUGGAGAUGCUGGCUAUGCAUGUCGGCCGGGUAUUCUUCCACCCUUCAGGAAAACAAGGUACCAUCUCAAUGAGUUCUCUGGUAGGAACUUUCCUAGGACUGCACAGGAGCUGUUUAAUCUCAGACACUCCAGCCUUAGAGUAACUGUUGAGAGGGCAUUUGGAGCUCUGAAGAAUAGGUUUAAGAUCCUGCAUCAGAAGCCAUUCCACCCAUACUCCACUCAAGUUAAGCUAGUUCUUGCUUGUUGCAUUCUGCAUAAUUGGAUCCUCCAGUGGGGCUUUGAUGAACACGUGCCUGAGGAGGAAGAGGUCGAGCCUGACGAUGUUGUUACCUCUGGCCAUGGUGUGGAGGCAUUUGACAUGAUGCUUGGAAGAACAAAAGGUUGGAGUGGGCAGAGGCAAUGUGGCUUAACAGAGAUGGCCACCACUCCCAUUGACUACACCCCGGAACCCAACCAGUACAGCUUCCUGCAUCUGCUUAAUAGUGUUUGGCACUGCUUCCAUCCCAAGGGAGAAGAACCUCAGUACCUCGUGUACCAAAUACCUCUAACAGACUCGGUCUACGAGUACCACGCCAAUGUCCAACUCAUGGCCAACAUGACCGGAUGCAGCCACACGUACCAAUUCCUCGAACCACCUACUUCCACUUCGGAAUUAGCUGUCCAGGCCACAGCCCAAGCAACAAUUAUUGGCCUCAACCGAGAAGAGUCGCGAAUGCGAGAACACCCCGCUUUUCGUUUCUAUCCCACCCUAGCCCCAGAUAAGUGA